AUGCCUUCACUCCACGAACCACCGGUAUGGGCAAGAUCAACGGUCAUCCUCUUGACCAAAUCACGAACGGUUCCAGCACCAGGGAACGAUUACGAGUUGGUUGAACUAGUCCUAGCUGAACCAAAGUAUCUAUUCAAAGAACAGCGUACGAUUCGGUUGGACGGGCAAGGCGUCCAACGGUUGGUCGACCUUGUUGCGGUCCGCCUGUAUCUUGCGAUCCGUGCAUGGGAACGGAGGAGGGCUCUCCCGGAGGCUUUCCUUCCGCCGUGGAAGGAGGAAGUGCAUCUCGCGGGCAAACUCCUCGCCACACUGCGCAAUCUCGAUCUGCCUUACAUUUAUCCAGUUAUUUUCGACCGCGCACUUGACUUGAGAUGGGACCCUACUGUUCAUGUUCUCGACGAGACGACCAGACUCGUCUCAGAGGUAUGGUACGCUGAAUGGGUCCGCCGGAACGGGGACGAGGAGAUGAAAGAUAGGUGGUGGAUGGGGCUGCACGAGGGAUCCGCCAAAUUAUGGCGGCAAACUGUUGCGUGCAAACCUCAAGACAUAAUUGACCUUGAACGCCCUGAGGAGACCUACCCCCGUGCAGGCGGCGCAUUUUUUCCUCCGUCCGCGUGGAACCCGCCGCCAGAAUCGGAUGACGACUACGUGCCCAGCGACCAUCGUGAGUCCAAAGAAUCCACUAUAUCAAAUGACGUCUCAAAGGCAUUCACAGAAAUCAGCAGCGGGCUCAAUACCAUUGGAGUGGCACUCCAGAAUAUGAGUAAAGCGCUGGGUGACUGUGGAUUUGGUCAACCGCUGUAA